UCAAAGUGGGUAAAAAGUGCUACUGCUAAGUGGAAAAUUUUGUAGCAGCAACGUUGGAUGCUCAGGUAAUUAUGAUUGAUUGCUUCAAGCGGCUAAAUGUGCUGCUUCAAGGUUCUGUAGUGCAACAUUCCUUCGACAACGUUUCGGUUAUUCGGUUUCCUUAUGCAAAGUGAGCCGGUUUUUCUUUUUUUUUUCAUGGGAUUUGUCCCCAUUUAAAGUAUUGACGAGAUUCGAAGGUUUUGACAUUCAAUCGUAAGUUAUUUUGGGUUAAAGUGUAUCGAACGCUUUGGUUUAAAUUAGUUGUUGUGCUCUGUUCCAUUAUUUGCUUUAAGUCUUGACAUGAUUGUUUCUCUUAGCACUUACCACAAAUUUACUCCUGAUCUCACAGAUUUCUCCAUUUGUGAGUCAGACAAACACAACUGGGCAGAGGAGGUCAACGUGAGCACUUGAUAAGUUGCCAGAUUGGAGGGUGAAGUAAACAUCAACAGUUUUGAUCAGACAGACUUUGCGAAGGGAAACUCACACGAUGAAGAUGAAGGUAAUGCAAGGAGAAACAUGCGAGUCCCUAUAAUUUUUAAAGAGAAGAACAGAUGCGUUUUCUUUGUUUCGCAUUCUCUUCCUUUUGCUUGGUUUGUCUUACUUCUCGCUAACUGCACAAUUUUUAAACCUUCAUUUAUCAAACUAAAUCCCAUACCAUGAUAUUCCCUGUUCCUAUACCCUGAUAUUCCCUGUUUUGUCCUUUUUGGUAGAGCGACGUGCACGCACUCAAUUGUUAUUCAGCAUGGGUACGGAUUCAGUUCUCUUUUUCGUACUGUAGCUUCGAGUAUUUGAUCCAAAAAUAAUGUAGAGCUUCUAUUUGAUAUUUCCUAUUCUGUUGGUUUCUGUGUUAAAGCAACAUUUUUUUUCCAUCGCGUAAUCUUUCCAAAUACCUGCUGUGAUGGACCCAUUGGAUUUUUUAACAAAGUAAAGCUGAGUCUCUGUUUUCUGAUAGAUCACCUCCUCACGCGCUCGAGAGGAAUCGAGUGCACGACAAUGCUAUCAGUUACUAAACAGCAAUAAUGUCCAAGUAAGAGCGUUCAGAACUGAAGAUCUUCAUAAGUGCCAAGAAAUUUUUACCCAAGGUAUGGUGCAGUUGAUCAGUUUGGUACUACGUGUUGUAUUUCCGAGAUACAUAUGGCUUACCUCUGCAUCAAGCUUCUUCGUUCUUGUUCUUGUCGUGUUAUUCCAGUGGAGGAGCGCAGUCUUUCUGCUCUACAUCCUUAUCUGUGCAAUUACACUUUCAAUGUUGUACAUCCAUGUGUACAUAGAGUGUUGGAAGUUCAUCAACUCAUGUUUGGCAACAGACUUGAAGGACAUUGAAAAGGUUUACAUGACCAACAAUGGAUGUCACAUGUGGGUGGCUGAGUGGAAUGGUAAAGUUGUAGGAAUGGUUGGACUCGUUCAUAAUGAGAACCAAAAACCUGGAAUGGCUGAACUUCAGAGGAUGUCUGUAUCACCAGCCUGUAGAAGAAUGGGAGUCGCCGGGAAACUUCUCGACGAACUCCUGAAUUACGCCAAGGAUCAACGGCUAGAAAGACUUGUACUCACCACAACUAACGCACAGACACCGGCCAUUCGACUUUACAGGAAAUAUGGCUUCAAACUGGUGGCAGUUUUCUCUCACCCCUACAAGACUCUUACAGAUCUGCAAUACCACUGCUUUGAACUGCAGCUGUGAGACAAUAAUUUUGCAAACAGAAAGUCCAUGCUAAGACUUCAGCUGCUUACGCCCCCGGGCUGAAUGAGACACAACUAACGACCAGAGCAAUCUUGCAUUUAGAGUAAAUAAAGGCUAAUCGCCGCAUUCGGUGGAUGAUUGACUGUUGAAAAUGAUCGCUAUAGUCAUUAUAAACAUCAGAACUGCAACCUCAGAAUACGUUGAACUCUUAGUUUUCCACACAGCCACUUUUAAGGGAUGUCACGCAACGCCUCCCCUUGCCUCAACCCCCUCCUCCCCUCUUAAAAGAUCAUUCUUUGGAGAAGGUCGUUAAUUGACAUUCUAAAAUGAGAGACAGAAAAAAAAUAAUAGACUUCACACUGAUAAGAAAGUCAAUAAAUGACUCCGUUAUUCC